AUGGGAGGUUCAGACAGGCUGUUGGGUGCAGCGGAGCAGGGAGACGGAGAAGGGCUCAGCAGCCCCAGCCCCUUGGAACACAGCCCUGGGUCCCAGCCACCAUCCCCAGGACCUGCCACAUCGCCAGGGCCUCCAGACCUAGACCCAGAGGCCGUGCGGGGUGCCCUCCGGGACUUCCUCCAGGAGCUGCGGGGCACCCAGCGAGAGCGGGAUGAACUCCGGGCCCAGACCAGCACCCUCAGUCGACAGCUGGCCGAGGUGGAGGCUGAGAGGGACAGCGCAGCGUCACGGGCCAGGCAGCUGCAGAAGGUGGUGGCUGAGAGCGAGGAAGGUGUGUCUGACCCUCAGGGCCCCUUCUCUGUUCUCUGUGCUCUGAGAGCCGCUGAUGCGGGAGGCUGGGGCAUCGGCCUGGGGGGCUUCUGCAUCCCUGCCCCGACUCCCAGUCUGCUCCUUGGGGAGCCCUGCCUGCUCAGCCCACCUGUGGCCACACCCGCCUACCCUCGGGGACCAACGGGCAGGCCCUGCGGUGGUGGGGCGCACGGGGGCGUCUUGUACCUCGCACUGGGUCUGCGGCUGUGCCUGGCCGUGUCUGAUGGGCCGGGACUGGACCGGGUGGCCACGCUGGAGAGGAGCUUGCGGGCCACCGAGGGCGAGCUCCACGCCAGCCAGGAGAAGAUCCGUGAGAUGAAGGCCAACGAGGCGAAGCUGCACAGCGAGAAGCGGCGCCUGAAGGAAGUGCUGGACGCCUCUGAGAGCCGCACCGUCAAGCUGGAGCUGCAGCGACGGGCGCUCGAGGGAGAGCUGCAGCGGAGUCGCCUGGGUUCCAGGGACCGUGAGACCCACGCCCAGGCCCUGCAGGAUCGGGUGGACUCCUUGCAGAGACAGGUGGCUGACAGUGAGGUGAAGGCCGGGACCUUGAGGCUGACAGCGGAGCGACUGAAUAGAGCCCUGGCCAAGGUGGAGGAGAGCGAAGGGGUCCUGAGGGACAAAGUACAGAGCCUGACACAGGCCCUGGCCCAGAGCAACACCAGCCUCACUAGCACCCAGGACAAGAACCUGCAGUUGCAGAAGACGCUAACGGCCUGUGAACAUGACCGCCAGGUGCUCCAGGAACGGCUGGAUGCUGCCCGGCAGGCGCUGUCAGAAGCCCGGAAGCAGAGCAGCUCCCUGGGUGAGCAGGUGCAGACGGUGCGGGCUGAGCUGGCCAACCUGGAGCUGCAGCGCACCGAGUCGGAGGGUCGGCUACAGCAGCUGCAGGAGGUGCUACGGCAGCGGCAAGAGAGUGAGGCCUCGGCGCUGCACACGGUGCAGAAGCUGCAGGAAGAGCGGCGGCUGCUUCAGGAACACCUGGGCAGCCUGCAGCGAGCCCUGGCCCAGCUGGAAGCCGAGAAGCGGGAGGUGGAGCGCUCCGCCCUGCGGCUGGAGAAGGACGGCACGGCCCUCAGGAGGACGCUGGACAAGGUGGAGCGGGAGAAGCUGCGCAGCCAGGACUCGGUGCGGCUGGACCGCUCGCUCUCCGGGGCUGAGCAGGAGCUGGCCAAGGCCCAGAGGCAGAUCCGGCGGCUGGAGGCCCAGGUGGUAGCCCUAGAGCAGAACCACAGCCCAGCCUGGCUGGAGGGGGAUAAGCAGCAGCAGCCGGAGCUGCAGGAGGCGGGCAGGCUGUGUGACUGAGCUGCCCACCGCCAGUGGGUAUGGGGCUGGAGGAGCAGGAGUCCACACUGAAGGGGCAGCUGCAGCUUCGAAGGAGCUCAGUGUCCUCUCCACCCUCUGGCCCCCCGAGAAAUGAGCUGCCCACGGCCUGGUCUGUUGCAUGUGGCAGCGCUGAGGGUGGACACCAGCUCUGGACCACACCCAGCUGUAGCUUCCCAGUGUCCCCCGGUGACCCCCUCACCCCAGCCCCCUCUCCCGGGAUGAACCACUCCGGUUUGUACGAGGGCCUCCCCUGAGUGGGAGCCAGAGCCCGGCAUCGGGGAGCCCUCCUCUCCGGCCAGCGUGGAGCAGGGGCUCAUGGAAGAGGAGGGCAGCCCGGCCCUGACUCUGGGCUCCCAGCGAUCUCUCUCCACUUCAUGCGGAGCAUUUGUCAGGAAACUCCUUAGAGAGCUCAGAGUCUUUGUAUUUUUGUACCUUUUUAUAAUGUUAACUGGCGAGAACCUAUGUUUUUUUGUAAUAAGACCAUUUUAAAAAAAUGGCU